GACGAGCACAUCCUUCUGCCGCGCAAACAGAAACUGGUUGUCGAUGAGCGCCGGUAUGCCGUACGACAGGUGUCUUCCGGCCGUAACCACACUCUGGUUCUGUUGCGCAACCAAUCGGACGACACGAGUGUAGUGUUGAGCUGCGGGUCCGGUGAGAGACACCAAUUGGGACGGGAGGGCAGUUGGCGCCGACUCGAGCCCAUCGACGGUCUGUCCCAUCACGUGGUGGUGCGGCUGUCGUGCGGCGCCAACCACUCCAUGGCACUGACAUCCGCCGGACAGAUAUUCUGCUGGGGAUGCAAUCUCUUCGGACAGUUGGGUGAGUCUGCCGUCAAGUGGUGUCCAGUCGUCGCGAUUGGUCUCAAUGUUUGGUUUGUUUUGUUUGUUGUGUGCGAAGGGAUCGGCAAUAAAGUGGACGAAUCGGUGGCCAAACCAUCGCUAGUGAAGAGAUUGGCCGCAGAAAUGGUGGUACAGAUCGCCUCCGGAGGGAACCAUAGCUUAGCGCUCACUAUAAAUGGUUAUAUCUAUUCGUGGGGUUCCAACGCAUUCGGACAGUUAGGAAAUGGUAUGAAAGGCAACUGCGAGAACAGUGUCAACACCAGUCCAAUAGAGAUAAUAUCUCUGCGAUCGGUUCCCAUCCGUCAGCUGUCGUGCGGUGGCUCUCAUUCAGCUCUGCUGUCAUAUACGGGAGCCUUAUAUAUGUGGGGGAAGAAUGAAUUCGGACAGUUAGGUCUCAAUGACAUCCAAAACAGAUCGCUUCCCACCGUUCAGACAACACUCCGAUCGCAACGAAUCGCGUUCAUCGACUGCGGCGAAGAGCAUACGGUUGCCCUCACAUCAGACGGCGGCCUAUUCUCGUGGGGCGCCGUUGGGACACGCGAAGACUCGCAACGUCGAUCGCAACGAAUCGCGUUCAUCGACUGCGGCGAAGAGCAUACGGUUGCCCUCACAUCAGACGGCGGCCUAUUCUCGUGGGGCGCCGGUAUGUACGGCCAGUUGGGACACGCGAAGACUCGCAACGAAAUACUUCCGCGACGAGUGUUUGAGUUAAUGGGAAAUGUUGUGACGCAAGUGUCUUGCGGUCGGUGCCAUACAUUAGCGUCUAUUGGAUCUAAUGGUCGACUCUAUUCGUUCGGUCUGAACGGGUCCGGACAGCUGGGGAUCGGCACUCAAGUGAGCAAAAGUGUGCCAAUCAAUGUGUCGGGCAAAUGGGCCCAUUUGGGUGUGAAGGACGUGUGCGUCCGCAAUAUUGCCGGCUCUCUAUUGCCUGUGAUUAGUGAUAACCAGUCGUCAAAUCCUUCGCCAAACACUUCCGACCCAAACAGUCCUCCAAAAUCGAGAAGUCCUCCGAAAUCGAGAAGUCCUCCGAAAGACAGGGAAGAAGACAUGGAUAAUCAGAUGUCAAUCGACGAGUUGUCUGAUGGCGAUGACAGCGAUAGAGACAUCUCAGACAUCGCCUCCUCGGACGAGACGGCGAUCAUCGAAGAACCGGAUGACAUGACUAAAGAAGUUAUUAAAACUCCGGGAUUUAUCUGCACUUCCGAUAUGAUUGUGUCAACAAAACCUGAUUCCAUAGAAAUAGAUGAAUACCUAUCGGAUCCCGACUCCGACAGUCAACUCCAUACCGAACGCCAACAACUAGUCCUCAAAGAAAUUGUUGCCUCAAAAGGCGACCAAAGCUUUGUAUUAGUAGUGAGACUAACCGACAGCAGCUGUCCAUUGGAUUUUAGAUUUAAUCAAUCCUUUGAUGAGAUCUAUAAAUUGGAUAAUAAAAGGUUAAAACUAUUGAAUGAAACGCUUGAAGAUAACGCCAUAUCUCUGGACGACAUCGACUACAUAGAGAAUGCCUUUACAUCCAUCUCGUGCUGGAACUCCAGUUUCAUUGAUAGCGAGACCACAGCUGACUCAGCCUUACCUGCAAUCGAUUGGAUUUCAGCGCAAAAAGCCUUUGAAUUCAUAGAAAACGCCAAAAAUAGUCGAAUCAAAGAACUCGUCUAUCAAUCAAUUCUGAAGUUAAUUCCCGUUUUACCCGACAUUAACGAUCAGAACUCUUUGGAUCCGGAAGUGCUUCGAAUAUACCUAUUGUUACCACUCUUUCACUUGUUUCGAACCGAUUAUAAAAAUCCAGAAAUAAUGCGAAAACUGAUCGCCGGAUACAUGAGAGCCGUCCUCCGUCUACACGACUACGCCAUUGAUGUGAUUAAGCAGUGGUUCAGAAGAUUAGACGCCAAACACUUUCGGCAAAUCGUUGUCAACGUUAAGAACUAUAUUACAGAAGUGUUUGACAUUCAGAACAAACAAAACAAAGCCAAUGAAACGGUUGAACCGGAGGGCCGGCGAAUAGACGCCGCUCUUCACGACAAUUUAGGUCUGAGUUUAGACUUUAUGGCGCUUUUGCAUAGAGUUAACCAAAAGAGUAACAAAAUGUCGUACAAAGACUUCUACAUCGAAGGCAUCCACGAUAUGAUUGACGUGGAGAGGGAUUACGUGGAAUGGCUUCAGUACCGCUCUGGAGGCCAAUCUAACCGUAUGGCUGGUGUGAAACCUCUGUUUCUAUGCAACUAUGCCUUCAUCUUCGAUCCGCCCGCGAAGACACAGAUUCUGACCAUUGACUCGAAGGUACAACAGAGCGAAGCCUAUGACCACUCGCUGUACACGAGUCUAAUUAACCCUAUUAUCUACGGAAAUGCACUCUUAGUGGAGACCCCUUUCCUCGUGCUGUCUGUCGAUCGGCAAAACAUAUUACAGCAAACCAUAAAUCAAUUGUGUUAUAGAAGUCAGACUCGAAAUGUGUUCAAAAAGCCGCUGAAAGUGAACUUUGAAGGCGAAGAGGCCAUCGAUGCGGGCAUUGGUAUGAAGAAAGAGUUCUUUAUUUUACUGAUGAAAGAGGUUUUGGACCAAAAGUACGGAAUGUUUUGCGAAUACAAUGAGACGAACAGUAUUUGGUUGAAUCCGGGAGAGGCCGCAGAUAACGACGAACUCGUCAACUAUAGUCUGAUUGGCAUUAUCUGUGGGCUCGCCAUCUAUAACCAGGUCAUCAUUUACCUGCCCUUCCCUUUGGUGUUGUAUAAAAAGCUAUUGGAGGAGCCGUUGGACUUAGAAGAUCUCAAUUGUUUGGAUCCAAUUCUGACCAAAAAUUUGCGCCAAAUUCUUGAGACGACAUACUCUGAGGAAGAGUUCAACGCUAUCUAUAGUGACAUGAACUUCACGAUUACGUUAACCUGUUUUGGGUCUCCCGUUGAGUACGAACUGGAAAGCGGCGGCAAAACGAAGGCUUUGAACUAUAAUAACCGCAAGGAUUACGUAAACCUCUAUUGGAAUCACAUUCUGAACGAAUCGGUGAAACAGAAGUUCCAGUCAUUCAAAGACGGCUUCCACCGAGUGAUGGAUCCGGGAAUUCUGAGUCUAUUCCACGCCGAAGAACUCAUGCAAUUAGUGUCGGGACAGGAGGUGUACGACUGGCAUCUCAUGCAGACGUCGGCCACCCGUUAUAAGGAGCCGUUCAGUGCCUCCCAUCCCACGAUUGGUAUGUUUUGGAAUGUCUUCCAUUCCCUCACUAAUGACCAGAAGAAGAAAUUCCUGCUCUUUCUGACAGGAAGUGAUAGAAUACCUAUUCUGGGGAUGAAAGCCCUCAAUAUAAUAAUACAACCGAUGAGAGUGAGUGACGAUCACUUGCCUGUGGCCCACACCUGCUUUAAUGUCCUCGAUUUGCCCGAACACUACUCCUCUGACCACAAGUUGCGACAAAAGCUACUUCAGGCCAUUGAAUGCAUUCAUGUGUUUACUCUCGCAUAACACCAAACACUGCAAUCACUACACAAUUACAUAACUAUAGCACAACUAAUGCUCUAUUUAUUGAUUAGCUAUUAAUACAUCGAAAGAUUUACUUUUCAAUUAUUAGUGAUUUAUGAGUCCCU